UUGUCGCCGCUCGCUCACGGUCACAUCACAGGCUCACAGCGCAGCACCCCAAGCUCGCUACUCCCUUCGACUCGAAGAAAAAAAAAACUCACUCCCCUGCCGACCAAACCCUAACCACCGACCCCCACCCUCUCCACCCCGGCGGCGGCCGAACGGCUGCCCGCCAUGUCCUCGCCGGCGCCGCCAAUUGCCCGGGCCAUGGCCUCGCCGACGCCGCCAGACGCCGACUGUCCGACACAGUCCUCGCUCCUGGCCCUUCCGGAUGUGAACCUGGAGGAUAUAUUCCUCUGCCUGCCCACACCGGCGGCGCUCGCCCGUGCCUCCCUCGCCUGCGCCGCCUUCCGCCGCAUCAUCACCGAGCGCUCUUUCCUCCGCCGCUUCCGCAAACUCCACCCGCCUCCCCUCCUCGGCAUCAUCGACGACGAAGGUGUCUUCGCGCCCACCGAGGCGCCCCACCCUUCCGCCCCGCUCUCCCGUGCUCUUGUCCAAGGGGCUGAUUUCACCUACUCCUUCGUCCCAAAGCCACUCGGUAAAAAUCACACAAUCUGGUCUCCCUGCGACGUCCGCGACGGCCGCGUACUCCUCGAGCACCGCCGGUUCGGAGCUGACACUUUCUUCACAGACCUGGCGGUGUGCAACCCCUUGUCGCGGAGGUACCUGCUGCUCCCACCCAUUCCUGAGGAUAUGACCAUCGAGCAAGAGCGCCUCUAUGAAUUGCGGCAUUUCCUCAUUCCCGUUCGCGAGGAUGAAGAUGAGACGUCGCUCAAGGUGAUCUGUCUGGCAUACUACAGAAGCAAGUUGGUCACAUUCAUCUUCUCUUCUGUCACCGGACAAUGGUGUAUAGCUGCGUCUACCAGCUGGAGUUCUUUGGGCGUAGUUGACCCCUUCAGGAGAUUGUUCUCCUGUUUUAACUACUUUCGCGGCUGCUUCUACUGGUCCUUGGAUUGGGAGCACAAGCUGCUUGUGCUGGACACACACAGGAUGGAGUUUUUCACUCUCAGUAUUCAUCAUCCUGCCUACUAUAUGAAGUUUAUAGGUCAGCCUGAACACAUCUGAUGCAUGCCUACUGUUGUCGAGGGUAGAAAAGGAGCCUUUGAGGUCUUUAAUCUCGUCGGUGAUCCUUUUAAAUCUCACUCGUUUGAUCUCAUCGGUGGUCGUUACGAUCUUACCCCAUUUUACAUCUAUCAUACCUUUCAACAAAAGGGAGAAUCUUCCAGUGAAUGGCAGCUGUUAAAUGUUAUGGAGUUGCCUCGCGGAUAUUGUUACUAUACUGUGGGUGCUGCUGAGGGGUUCUUAUUCCUUGGAGGGAUUGGAAAAACUCAGCCAGAGGGGUUGCCGGAUGAUUGGAGUGCAGAUGUUUUCUCAUUGGAGGUCAAGACUUCUCAACUUAAGAAGGUCUGUAGAGCAACAAACGCCACUGUCUUUUGUUUUCAAUCGUACUUCGGCUUGCCACCAUCAUUGUCAACACCGAGUCUAUGAACUACAAAGCGGGAUGAGCUCACUUCGUUUUUGGAGGCUUUUAUUUGGGCCAUGCUUCUGGUGCCUUCGUGGAGAAUUGAAGGAUGGUCAAGAUGGUGCUGUGGACAUGCUGGCUGGUUGUGCCAUACUAUUUAUCAAAAAAUAGUAACCUGUUAAGCGUAUUUAAGCAGACACUUUCUAUAGCACUAAUGUCCAAGAAACAUACUGUUGUACCGGGAGAGUGGUCAUUACCAAUUGUGGUGGCUUUGUCUAGCAAUAAUUUAUCAGACACUCUUGUUGUGCUGGGAGAAUCACCGCUUGUUGUUGUACUUAAUCUGCUCAACAAGUUAUGCCCUAGGGCAUUUGGCCUGCUGUAUGCUUUUUUUUUUCCUUGGGCUGGUUGCCCACUUAGCCCUCUGCUGAUUCAACAUCCUGAAACAGCUAGUAGUUAUGUGUAGCCCACUUCGCUUUCGGAGUCUCUUAUUGGAGGAUGGUAUAAUGUGUCAAGUGUGUGUAGUGAUGAUCUAUUUAGCGCUAUGAUCUUCUGAAAUUUCCUCUUUUGUAUACUCACUAAUUACAUGAAUUAAUUAGAUCUUGUCUUUGAGCGUCGUGGUUGCCCUUUUUAUGCUAUAACCUCACCGACUGUUUUUCACAUCCUUACCUCGAGUUUUCCUCGUCAUCUUCCUUGCUUGUUCCUGUCCCUAACUAAAGUGAAGCCUUAGCUAAGCAUGGCAUGCUCUAAACAAGGUCACUUUCUAUAGCAACUAAUAUGUAAGUGACAUUUUGUUGUUUGUACUGGGAGAUUGACCAAUUGUGGUGACUCUGUCUAGCAAUAAUAUGUUAGGCGUUACUUAUGUUCCUUCUGGCUGGCUUUGGAACCUCUUUGUUCCUUGUGGUCGGCAUUACUUUUGUGUGAUCUUACCCUGUUUUACAUCUAUCAUACCUUUGAACAAAUGGGUGAACCUUCCAUUUGUUUAUGGGGCGCAGGUUACCUCACAGGUAUUGCUUUUUAACUGUGGGUGCAGCAGAGGGAUUCUUUUUGCUCGGGGAUUCAAGAAACUCAGUGGAAUAAAAAUGCACCAGAGCAGAGGGGUUGCUUGAUGAUCGGGGUGCAGAUGUUUUUUCACUGGAGGUCAAGACUUCUGAACUUAAGAAGGAAUGCAUUGCUGCCUGUUUUCGGUUGUACUUUAGCUUCACACCAUCAUAGUCAAAACCAAGUCUAUGAACUACAAAGCGGUGAGAUUGUUGUCAUUGUAUUUCUUAUUUUGUUGGGGGUUCUUUCCUGUGCAGUGGGAAGUGGCAGACUUAUGUAGUUUGUUUUGAUGAAUUAUUAUGGUGCUUUGCUGUCUUAAUUUGUAACAUAGAAAGUUAAUCGCUCUA